UAAAUAAUCGCAUACAUACAGAUGAUAGUUCCUGUAUGAACUCACAUAAUGGUUUUGAAAACGAAAAAAAAGGCGAAAGAGAAGAAAGCAGAGGUCCUAGGAGUUCCCGAACCGGUUCGUGUGUCGGCUCUAGAUUUACUCACCAAAAACUUGCACGCUUUAGAUAGGACGACAUUCCUUCAUCGUCUGAUGUAUGUAGCCGAACAUACUUUUGAAAUGGCCGUCAUACCAGAUGUGUUUGAGACCAUAAACAAUAAACUCCAUAAGACUUACGUAGACGAAAUAAUAACCGGCUUCAUGCUCUACUAUCCCAAAUUCCUAGUUGUGAUGGUGGAAGGUUCUAUGUACUCCCUAUCCAAACAUAUUGGGGCGAUUAAGGAAUGGGAAUCGUUCAUGAGAAACAUCAGAGUCCUGCUCAUACUGCCGAACAUCAAUCAAAGAUUUACAAAGUGUUGGACAUUCUACACCGACGUUCCAGGAACAUUGUUGGAGAAAGUACCUCCCGAGAUUAAUAUGAAAACAACGAUGAGUUUGUUGGCCAAUUGCGUCAAGAAAAUGUACGAAUUAAUAUCUUGCGUCGUUCAAAUGCCAGAACAAGAUGAACUACUAUCACUUAGAGAACAAACAUCACCAUCCGGAACGACAUUAUCCUCAUCCGUAUUAAUAUCAGUACCAUUAUCAUUAUCGGCAAUACCAUCAUCCCCAAUGGGGUCAUCUAACGACUUAAUGUUUGAUAAACGAGGUUCUUUGGAGAAACCUUUAGACAAGGAGAGCAUCAAACAGGCAGCAACGCGUACCAAAUUCCUACCCGAAUACGAUCUAUUGGCUUAUCUGGUCAAUUCAAAGUUUCUGUUCAACUUUGAUUAUUUGUAUUUGGCGUGGCAUACGCCCGUCGAUCUGAAACAAGAUCUCGAUACCUCCUGGCCGUAUCCUCCUCCAGUAAAGCCGAUUAACAUGUUCGAACCAUUGUACGACCCACCAUGCGAUUUACCAGAUAAUAAAUGGUAGACAUCAGGGGAAAUAUUACUAUAUCAUAUACAUAUUUAUAAAUAAUUUAUAUUAGGUAGUUUUUAAAUAUAUAAUACCUAUAAUAUAUUGUAUUUUAUUUUUAA